UUUUAUACCGGAAGUGAAGAGCGCUGCUUCACGUUUGCACGCGCAACAACAUUCAUGGCGGGGAGACUGAAGAAACAAGCAAAAGAUGCUGUAAAGAUCAUAGGAUGUGGCAGCGCUCUGUUCCUCGGGUACCUCACAGCAUCCGGAGAUGAGCGCUUCUAUGCUAAUGUUCUGAUGCCUGUGCUGCAAAGGAUUGUGGGAGCAGAGACAGCUCAUGUCAUGGCUGUGCGGUUCAUCGGACUUGGUCUUGUGCCCCGUAACAACUACAAGGACCCAACAUCUCUGGAGGUUAACGUGUUUGGUCAAAGGUUCCAGAACCCCGUUGGGUUAGCAGCAGGUUUUGACAAGCACGCUGAAGCAGUGGAUGGGCUCUAUAAGCUGGGAUUUGGUUUCGUUGAGGUCGGGACAGUCACACCACAACCACAGGAUGGAAACCCGAAACCACGUGUGUUUAGAUUGGAGGCAGACCAGGCGGUCAUUAACCGAUAUGGAUUUAAUAGUUGUGGCUUUCCCGAUGUAUACAAGAGGCUAAAGGCCAGACAGCUCACACAGUCAGCGCUGACGGCAGCAGGUAAACCUCUUGGCAUCAACCUCGGCAAGAAUAAGAUUUCUACGCAGGCGGUGUCAGAUUAUGUGGAGGGGGUGCGGACGCUGGGCCCUCUCGCCGACUACCUGGUGAUUAAUGUGAGCAGCCCCAACACGCCGGGCCUUAGAGACCUACAGGGAAAAGAAGAACUGCGCCACCUUCUGGACAAGGUCCUGAAGGAGCGAGAUUCUCUGUCGAGUAAGAAUCGCCCACCAGUCCUGUUGAAAAUCGCUCCUGAUCUUACCACUCAGGACAAAAAAGACAUUGCAGAAGUCAUCAUGGAGGUUGGUGUGGAUGGUUUAAUAGUUUCAAACACUACUGUUUCCAGACCCGAGACUCUGAAAGACCCCAAAAAACAUGAGAUCGGAGGACUCAGCGGUCAACCUGUUAAAGAAAUGUCCACGCGCACGGUGCGAGACAUGUACUGUUUGACCAAAGGAAAGAUACCCAUCGUUGGAGUUGGUGGGGUGGCCAGCGGGCAGGAUGCUCUGGAUAAGAUCCGUGCUGGAGCGUCUUUAGUUCAGCUCUACACGGCUCUGGUUUACCAGGGUCCACCUGUUGUCGUCAAGAUCAAAAGAGAACUGGAUGAUCUACUCAAAGCACAAGGUUUUGCAUGUGUAUCAGAAGCAGUAGGUGCAGAUCACAGACCCCACUGAGUGGACAACACAAACACCAGCCGAAGAGAAAGAGACGCAUAGUGUCUGACCUCAGAACUGUCUGCAUUUACUCCAGGACAUUUCUCAAUUGACACAGGUGGGAUUGGAAUCAUAAAGAAACACAAAGGAACCACAAUGGAAAUGGACUUUACAUUUUAGAAGUUGUAAAGUUCAUGUGCUAAAUAAAUUCUCGGUAGUAUAAAAAUCUUGCAAGACAUAUCAGUUAUUUUAUAUCCAAGUUAAGUUGAAAGAAAAAGAUUUGUGUGUAUGCAAAAUUAACGUGAUGUAAAGCGCAGUGGUAAUUCAUUUAAAUUAAUUUGAUUGCCGAAGGGUGCGAUUUUACUCGUUUAUCCCUUUACAGCCACAGUAUGUACGAUUUUUGUAAUUAAAUGGGGCGGCAGUGGUUGAGUGGUUCAUGUAGGUUGUCUACAAAUCGGAAGGUUUGUGGUUCAAUUCCCGGCUCCACUUGACCAAGUGUCGAGGUGUCCUUGAGCAAAACACCUAACCCCAGCUGCUCCCAAUGAGCUGGAUGGCGCCUUGCAUGGCUGACACCGCCGUCGGUGUAUGAAUGUGCGCGUGAUUGUGAGGCAAAUUGUAAAGCGCUUUGGAUGGCCAUUGGUCUAUGAAAGCGCUAUAUAAAAUGCAGUCCAUCCAACUUUUUGCAACCAUAAAAUCAUGUCUUGCAAAUACA